CAUUGGAAAUUAGUAAAUAUCGCGAUUCGCGACGAACUCGGAACAAUUAAUUCUCGAAAACUGUGAAAUCAUGGAAACUGCCAAUCAGCAGCAUUCCAAUUACGUUUUGCAUAUUUCAAGUCUGAGUAUAUUCAAUUGUCUGGGCUGUGAAAAGGUUGAACUAAAAUUCUCCGAAUCGAACGUACAGUUUGUGCUCUAUAAACUGGCUGAAAAUGUUCACGACACUCAAGCGCCAACUGCCAACAUGGCCAUGACUCCAGUAGUGUAUGCCUUGAAACUGUUGUGCACCACAAAUUAUGCCACUGCGGAAAGCUUGGAAACUAUUCCGCAAUUACAGAUCGGUCAGGGUCGGGUAGAGAUGACAUUCGAAAUGGCGAGAAAUGCCCCAGAAACCGAGGAGGUUACCUCCGAUGAGGAAUUGGAUAUGGAGCCCAGCACCUCGAGGCAAGCAAUCGCUAAGGAAUUGGAACGAGUUAAGCGUAAGCAGAAUCGUCGGGGUCGACGAAUUAUACGGCGCAGUAAGCCAUCCCGGAAAAUCAAUGUAGUGCGUCGCUUUGAAAUGGUAUUCGACCUGGAAUGGGUGACCUAUCAGGUCAACGAAGGAAGUUUGCGGCAAAUGAGUGUUCAAGAUUUCCACAAGCAGUUCUUUAUGCCCACACAGCAUUCCAUGGAUCAUCUGAUCAAUUUACAGCGAACAUUUGCUGGGAAUUUCCUCCAACUAAUCAAUGCCGACAUGGAUGCCUAUCAGGAAUUCAAAACCAAUGCGAAUCCUUUUGAUAAAUUCAUUGACAUCUUUCUACGUUCCCAGGAGGGACACGAUGAAGUGUUGCAUAAACUGACCACGAAUUGUCUCUCUGUCAUUGAGUCAUCCCGUCUCGUUGAAAGGCAUUUCGUUCUAAAGGUUUUCAGUGAAGUCCAUCGCAUUUUUGAGUACAUCACGGCGGAAGAGUACACGGUGAUGUUUUAUGUACCCCGCUUGGAAGGUUAUCAGCCGCUAAGUCUAGUGAGUGUCGAGGACUUUGAUCUGUCCAAUGUACGCACCUACAUUAAAGUGAGCCAUGCGGACGAUGUCAUUAUGUGGAAUCAAGCUGAUCAUAAUAUAAUGGAUAUAUUGUUGAUCUCUUUUCAAUUGGCCUUGGCAAGUAUUGCCAAUCAAUCAAUAUUGUUUCUAGGACAAUUGGAUAAGUUGAAUCAAUUUGUUUGCCAUCAAUAUGCCACAGCAUUCUUUAUGAACACUCUGUUUGGCAAUGAUGAUCCGUAUGGUCCGAAAUGGGUUUGCACACGUUAUUUGCAACGCAUUAUGGAACUGGGCGAAUCCAUGGGCAUUAUUAUCUAUCUGGAAUACCCCAGUGGGCUGACUCUAUUACCCGAUAAUCAUAGUGUGAUCAAAUGUAAACAAUAUCGCAAUGAGACAAGCAACCAAUUUGUUUGGCAAAUAUUCGAAGAUGUUGUUAAGGACGAGAAUCAAUAUCUGCUACAAUUUAUUGGAAUUUUUGACUGAAAAGAGCUUGAUUUAUUUUUCACUUAUACAACUCUUUCAAUGACAAUUUCAAAUAAUUAUAACAGCCAAAUGGAUGAGUUACUUUUAACAUCUAUUUUCAUUUAAAGGCAUCAAUUUUUCAUAGUUUGCUCAGAAGAAAAAAGCAGAAGACAUAAAUAAUUCGAAACUCAAAAUAAAUCGAAUAAAUAUGGAAGAACAUUGAGAAAGUUAUUAACUAAGCUAUAAAGAAAAUACCAUGAAAUUAAAUAAUAAUAUUUUUAUGAUUUUCUUAACA